AUGGAGAAGAGGGAGGUGGUUGGGAAUACGAAGCGGAGGAGGCGUGUCGAAGGUGCCGGUACAGACUGUGAGUCAAAUCCCCCCUGUUUUGGGUGGGAAGAGGCUGGGCUGACUGGUGUAGCGGAUAAGGGGUUCUAUCCGGGUAUGGUAAACCUUAGCGGCACGCUGUGUUAUAUGAAUUCUGUCCUCCAGUCCUUCGCUUCGAUUCCAUCGCUCGUCACUCACCUAGAACGCAUCAUCGCCCUCGCAGUAGAGCUUGACGUCCCAACACCGAUCGCAGACACCCUCAUUGAGGUCUUACAAGACCUCAACACCCCCUCUCCCCGACCUCGCCGCCCUAUCCGCCCCACCUCCCUCCUUUCUGCCCUCUCUACCCUUCCUACAAUCCAGCGCCUCCUUGGCACCCGGGAACAGCAAGACGCCCACGAGCUGUUCCUCGUCCUUGCCGAUGCGGUAUCCGUGGAGUCUAUCAAGGUCGCCGGGGAGGUUUCGCGCUCGAGGGGGUUGGGGGAGGUAUUGACUUUGCAAGGAUGGGCAGCGGGGAAGGCUGCUGGAUUAGGGAGAAUAGGGGGCGGCGGGAUGGGGAUGAAGAAGGGGGAGAAGGAAGAGGCAAAGCGGAGAGUCAAGCGGCAGAGGGGGCUGGCGCAGCCUUGGGAAGGGCUCAUGGCUCGCCGGAGGGUGUGUAAGGUCUGUGGCUGGUGUGAGGCGGUCAGGAUGGAGCCCGUGGGUGGGAUGGAGCUGUCAUUACCGCAAAGCGGCGACGUCUCUCUUGAUGCCUGUAUCGCGCAAUACCUCGCUCCUGAGCUCCUUACGGGCGUGACAUGCGAGAUGUGCUCCCUCCGGCGCACGCACGCGCACUAUCAAGCCGAAGUCGAACGGCUCUCCAACCUCCCUUCUUCCUCCGCUGCCUCAUCGUCCAAACCCAUCCGGGCCGGGUCGGCAGAGAUGACACCCGCCCGCCGUAAACGCGCCAAAGAGGCCAAACGUCUCGAAGGCCGCCUGGCCAGCAUGCUCGAAUCAGGCACCGUCUCGCAUUUCGGCGAAUUCCUUCUCCCGCCUCCCUCCGCCGGUCCCUCUACCGCCGCAAUACCCAUCAAGUGGCAAACGGCCAAUACAAAUUCUGUACGUGCGGCACUCAUCACGCGGCCGCCCCAGACCCUCCGGCUCCACCUUAUCCGGAGCGAGUAUACGCCAUACGGCGUGCUCCUCAAGAAAUCGGCGCGCGUGGGGUAUCCUGUGGUAUUGGAUCUGACGCGAUUCGUUACAAGGGGAAUAUGGGAUGAGCGGACUGGAGUGCUGGGAGCUCUGGCUGAGACUGGGGAGGGAGGGGCGGAGGGGAAAGGGGUACAACGGAGGGUACUGUAUCGCCUCGAAAGUGUCAUUCUGCACUAUGGGUACACGCACUCGAGCGGGCACUACGUCUGUAUCCGGAGGAAACCGACAGCUACCCGGUCUACAAUGGCGUCAUCCUCCUCGUCGACGUCGUCUGAGGGUACUUCCCACCCCGGAAGUCGGCGCCCAACGCAUAUCACAAAGUCCUGCCCCGACGGAUGUACCUGCGAAUCGUGUGCGUAUUUCGGGCAGGUGAGGGAGGAAGAAACGAUCCCGGGGAAAGGGUGGUUACGGGUCAGCGAUGAUGAAGUGGAGGAAGUGGGGGAGGAGGCGCUGGUGGGUAGUAGGAGUCAGGUGGUUAUGCUGUUCUAUGAGCGGGUGGGGGAGUAUGCGGGACCCGAGAGGAAGGAGGGGAAGAUACAGGGACAGGGGCAAGCGGAGAAGGGGAGGAUGGAGGGGGAGAAGAGGGAUAGGGAGGAGGAUUAUAAGUUGGGAAGGAGGACGCCGGAGGGGGGUCAGCACCAAUGUGAGGGAUAA